UUCACACCUUUAACUUGUGCUCUUCCUCCUCCUCUCUUUUCAUAUCUCCUCUCCCUUCUCUGCAAUUCCUCAACCAUUUCUCAACAUGGAGAGCGAUACUAACUGCAGGGAGUUGAUGUUCGAGAAGGUGGUGACGCCGAGCGACGUCGGGAAGCUUAACCGGCUGGUGAUCCCAAAGCAGCAGGCAGAGAGGCAUUUCCCGGCGCCGGCAUCGGCUGGUUCCGAGACCACUAAGGGGGUGUUGCUGAGCUUCGAGGACGCUCGUACCGGCCGCGCCUGGCGCUUCCGCUACUCCUACUGGGGCAGCAGCCAGAGCUACGUCAUCACCAAAGGAUGGAGCCGCUUCGUCAAGGACAAAAACCUCCUCGCCGGAGACACCGUCUCCUUCGCGCGCAACCACCAACUCUUCUUCAUCGACUGCAGGCGCCAGAAGCGCACGAAUAAUGUUAAUUGCUAUGUCAAUUGUUGCGACAAUUACAGGCCGCUCAUCAGAGCUUUCUCUUUCUCUUUCCCUCCCCUUCAGCCGCUCCCGUGGAGCUACUUACGACUGCCGCCGCUGCCGCCGCCGGCAGGGCAAGUGCAGGGGAUCAAUUCUGUCGGGCAUUUCUACGAACAGGUGGCUGGCGGCAGCGGCCGAGCGAAACGAGUCAGGCUCUUCGGAGUCAACUUGGACUGCUGUUCUGAAUCAGCCGGCAUUAAGGAGACGACUCCGGCGGGAUUGCGGUUGCCGGCGGCGUCAAUGAUUAGGGAUAAAAGUCCUCAACUUUAGAUCUCUACGUGCGACCAAAGAAUACAUGGAUGGAUGUGUACUAUAAGUAUUUAUUAAACAGCUUAUGAUUCCUGUUUAUGUACUCAUAUAUAAUUAAUUUCAAUAUUCUAUGAAGUUGUAAGCAUAAUUUGUUUAAUUUACAUCUACCAUAUCAUUAAUGAUUUGCUGAUCAA